AUGGUCCAUUCUCUGCGAGAUCAUGGGUCUUUCGUCCGGCCAUCCACUCGGGAUCGGCCUACGACACGCGGCGAAGGAGAAAAUUCGCUGGUCGUUCCUAGCCGCACGUCGUCAUUGCACUCGCGCAUCACUCAACCUAUCCCGUCCACACUCAGCAUUAAGCCCGCUCAGCGGACACCGAAAACACUCACUCAUGCUUACAUGGUAUGUGGUGUUGGCCGCGAACCUUCACAAUGGGUCAAAGCGCCUGCCCCCGCCCAGGGCAAGAUUGGCCACAUGAAGGGAGCCGUCGGACAAUUCUGGCUCCCCGAGAUUCUGGGAAGCAGCCCUCGACUAGAGCAGGAUAAUGAGAUCGCAAGGGCUCUACACUCGGCCAUGCGAGCAUGCUUCCCUCACGACGUCGAGAUUUGCACUGGCAAGAGCCAGCCUCACUGUGCACACCACGCGUUCGUCUUGCAACAAGACUCUUCUCACACUCUGUACGGUAUCGCGCUGCGCGUUUGGUCCCGUGCCGACGAGAAGCGCGCGGAGACCAUCCGCGAGCUACGCAAGAAGACGGAGCCGGACUUCUACGAUAACCCCGAUGAGACCUACUGGAUUCCUUACUGCUUGAGCUUCCUGUCCCGGUAUCCCCUCUACGAUCUGCUAGGUGACUACCUCCGUGGCAUGUGGAUCCACUGGAACAAGGCCACAAACCUGUUCCACGCUGAGGAGGUCUCUCGCAUCCUUAGCUUCCCUGCCCCGCGUCUUAACGACUUGGUCCGCAUUGACAUGAAGGAUUAUGCCCUGUGCUAUCAGUUCCCCUCGUCGCCCACUGGCUUCCAGAACUUUGCCAUGUGGCCAUUGUUCACUUGUCUCUCGAUCCCCAACAUUGUCGGCGUGAUCGAGGCUGCUGUCUCACCCACCCGCCGCAUCAUUUUCGUCAGCCACUACCCGGCGAUGUUGACUGUCGCUGCGGAAACCAUUCGCUACUGCGUUCGUGUCUACGAGUGGAGUGGUCUGUACGUGCCCGUGGUUCACGCCCGUCACGUCAAGGAGUUGGUCCAGGAGCCUGGCCCUUACAUCCUGGGUAUUACUGCCGAGUGCCGGACUUUGUUUAACGCCCCGUCCGAUGCCCUCGUGGUCGACCUCGAUCGCAACUUUGUCCUCACCUCCAGCCCGCCCAAUGUGUUGAACCAGGGCCAACGCACCAAGUUUAUCAACCGCAUGACCCAAUCCCUGAAUGGUGAUGUCUCGCCUUCCGGUGUCCCCCCGCACUUGCGCACCGCCUACGCUGGCGGCAAGCUCAUCCCGGCUGGUCAGAUCAUCGUCAUGCGAGGAGAGGUCGAAAGCAUCGAAGAGCCCCAAUGGUGGAACCAGGAUGCUGUCAUGGGCGUCAUGGACCAUGUAUGCGAGAAACUGGGCCGCAACACCGGUAUGAAGGCCAUCUUCGGUGGCUCCGUCAAGAAGCCCCUCAUGACCAAGGUUUCCAUGCGUCACCUCAAUGAGAUUGUCCGUGAGCGCAACCAGUACUCUCGGGAUGCCAUGGAGGCUUGGCAAGAUUUCAUCAACCUCAAGGGCAGAAUGGACACCGAGCUCAGCAAGGUCACCAAGCGCAAUAACUUCUUGGUCGAGGAGCUCGAGACCUGGAAGCAACAGUUCCUGAAGUUCCAGGCCUUUGCUGAGCAGCUCACCAAGGAGACCUCGGAGCUCAAGGUCAAGAUCGAAACCCACAAGCGCGAGAGCCGUCGCCUCACUGGUCUUAUUGACCAACAGAAGGACGAUGUGGUUCGCCUUACUCUGCGCCUGUCUGGUACUGAGAAGCAGCGUGAUGAUGCUCUCGAGGCACUGGUCCUCCAGCAGGAGAUUGCCGAGGAGCUUGAGCGUGAGCGCAAGCGUAACCAGAAGGAGAUCUCUGCCCUCUCCCACACUAAUGCGACUCUCGCCCGUGAGCGCGAAGAUGCCCAGCGCGUUGUCAUGCACCUGCGCAGCCUCAUCAACGGCCAGAGCCACCACAUGGAGCACAUCGUCCGCUCCAUUGGCAGCAGGUCAGAGAUUACUGAAAUGGUCGAGCAGGGCUAUGAAGACGCUCCUGAGGAGCUCAAGGAGGAUGUGUCAGUCGCUGAGUCGAAGGAAUCUAUCAGGACGGCUAUGGAUGUCAAUGGUCAUAAUACUCUGGUAAAUGAUAUGAAGCCCGAGCUAGAGCAGCAUUUGCUGAACCUCGGAAAUGAUCACAAGACCCUUGCGCGCCUCAGCAUCACAGAUGUCGCAGACCGCUACCUGCGCGACAAGACCGAUGCCAUCGCAGAUAUUAUCCGCAGCAUCAGCGACCAGUGUGCCGCCGCCGUCGAAGGCCUGCACCUGGCCCAGGACGCCGAGGACGAGGAAGAGGCCGAGAACUCCAAGCUCCACCAGAACGACCGUCUCGGCUCCGACUACGACAACAUGGAUGGCCGCUCCACCCGCGCUCCUAGCGAGAUGAGCGACGCUGACAACAGCUCUCUCCACCCGGACAACCGCCACUCUAGCAUCCCUCCGACCCCAGAGCUAGUCCACAACCGCUCCAGCACGUCUAUGUCCAUGAUCAGCAGCUCGACUUUCCCUGAGCGGUCAAGUCAGCAGUACGGCCCCGGUGAUAUCCCGACCCGGAUCGUUGAGGAUGACGACGAGCACGCCCACGAGACUGAGAACGUUGACGACCAGCAAACUGAGCGUGGCACUCUGUCCAAGCAGAAUAGCGAGGAUCUCAUGCGGCCCACUCCCACACGGGUUAUCUAG